AUGGAAUGCACGACAAGUACCUUGAUCCGCCCUAGCUUACUCUUAAUCAGGAUGCGUGAAGCAGGAGUCUUCGUGGCUUUGCAGUCGAUCUCAGCCGCUCAAGUUGAAGAUCCACCACCUCCGCCCAGGCGUCAGCCACCACCUGUGCCAAAGAAGGCCAUAAAGUCCGAUCAAUCCAAGUGCGGCAUCUGCUAUCAAUGGGUAGAAAUAAAGCCCAAAGCCAAAGCCAAUAUCCAUUUCAACAAGUGCUGGGACGGUCUAAGAGAGAAGGUGAAGGAAGCGAAGGAUCAAAUUGCGAAGAAUAGCUUGGAGGAAAGUAAGAUUGGAGAGAGCGGCGAAGUCUUAUCGGACAUACCGCAAGUUGCAAGCAGCGCACUGGACGAAAAAGAGGAACCAUCCACGUCAAUACCGCCGUUCUCAUCAGACCUCGAGGAAACAGCGUGCCUUCUCUGCCAUAAAGACUUGUACGGAAUGAAAGACCUCGACGCCUUCAACCACCGCUUGAUCUGCCUUAAAACCCUCUCCCUAGCUCGCUGGCCUGUCUGCGAGCUCUCCUUCACAGGGGAAUCCGGGCCAUGCGACGACGAACUUCCAUGCAAAGGCACUGGCUGGGAAAUCUACACCAUACUCUGGCACUUGCACGCUUGCCAGAACAACUGCCAUACUUGCCCCGAAGCACAGAAAGACUGGACAGCCUUCACUUCUCGUUGGACUGGUCGCACCGAAGUAACGCAGAGAGUCUUCUGGAAGAAUAUAGGGGAAAGAAAAGAUUGGGAUCUGCGGAAGCACAGGGACAGCGUGAAGACCAAGAAGAAGUCGGGGUUAGCGCGCGAGGAUGGGAUAUACCGUAUGAAAAGUUCACCGUUACGGAAUUUACAGAGAAUCGUUCCUACCCGACUGCCACCCAAGCUUGUAUCUAAGCCACUCAACGUCACCUCCCCUAUCAAGAAACUACCGACCGACGGUGCGGCUGCGGUGAACUGCCCAAUCACUAGCGACAAAGACGAAUUGUCAUCGCAGCUCCGACUCUUACGGACUUCCCUAGAAGCCCUCGCUCCGAUGAUCUCCGCGGCGAAAUCAGACGCGCUUCUUAAAGCACCACAGCGGUGUUCAAUCCCCAGGAACAAGGAUGAACUCGACGACUUCCAAAAGAAGCUGUUAGAUCUCUUGAAGCCUGUUGCAGAGCAACAAAGUGUCACGCUCCCUCGGAAAGCACGUUCGUUUCCAGAACUCACCCUGACUUGUCCACAAGAAGAACCCGACAGUCCGCCUGCAUCGGCUUCAUCCUUAUCUUCGAAUCAGAGCCAAGCAGGUUCCGUUGCACUGUCACAGGCACCAAGCGGCAACGCGACUCCCAGUCCCGCUACUGCAAUCCAAAUGCCUCCCAGCAGCACGUCUUCACCACCGAACGAUAGCCCUUCGACCGCCACAACACCUCGACAUGGCUCUCUCGAUGCAGAGAGACCAGACCUGCAUAUUAUUGGGGAAAGUGAAAAUUGGCGUAACUCGCCUGCUGGGGCUCAAGAACGAUUCCGUAGAUUGGUAAAAUUGAAUUCCGCAAAGCCAUACCUGGGACGGUCUCGUGAUCUGGGGAUGCAAAGGCUCGCUGAGGCAGAGGCAAUUCCCAACUAUAUAAGGUCGUCUCCAAAUCCGUGGCCGGCCAGCUUUGGUGAAAGAAGAUCCAUGACUGCUGUAACUCUGCCAGUACGUGGUAGGCCAGCAUACCCUCUUCCGUCGCGCUUGCUAAGGUGGACGUUUUACAACUUCCAGGAACUUGACCGGGAGAUGGAGGUCGAAACUUAUACGUACGGUCGGCGUGGCGCCAUCCCAGUCGCCUUGGAGUCUAAUAUCCGUAUUGUUAUCGAUCCUACGCUGUUUGCGCAAGAUCAAACGGCGCGUAACCGGGAGUGUUGCAGAGGCAUGUUUGGGAACUUUACGGAGACGAGCGAGUAGAUACAGAGCGUGGAGUGAACGAACAGAGAAGAUGCCCCAAAGAGUGGGGUUUGCCAGUUCCUGUCUCAUGGUUGGAUACGCAUCAGCUCUUCAAGCGAAUGACGCUCUUUGGCUCGAGGCGAGGAAAGGUGAUGCGCCCUGUCGCUGUGCGAAACACAAGGAAUACAGUGAA